AUGAAGCCGCUCCAAGCAAGGAAGACUCUCCCAUCAAUGAAGAAUCUCCGAAUAACGAAGACUCUUCAGAUGAAGUCCAGAAAAGCCCUCUGGACCUCUAAACCUCGAUCUAACCUGACAUGGAUAGGCGUAUUUCUUGCCUUUGCGGACGAUACUUUUGUUUUCACUACCUACGGUACGAUCGCGUCUCACUUUGGUCACGGCUCCAUGGGGCCAUGGCUUGUCACGGCAUACAAUCUAGGAUUUGCUGUCUCGUUACCCGUCUGGCAGUACGGACGUGUCUGCGACAUUUAUGGCUACAGGUACCCAAUCCAAGCGGCGUAUUUGAUCUUCUCUAUUGGAUGUGCAAUGUCUGGAUUUGCUACCAAUUUAUGGAUUGCCAUUGUUGGAAGGUUUCUUUCUGGAGCUGGUGGCUCGGGGAUGACGGAUUUACUCGUUGUCAUUGUCAAUGGUGUGUGGGAUCUCUACCCUGGAAAUAAAACAGUCAAUAUAAGCGCUAUUAAUUGUACUGAUGAUCGAAAUACAGACUCGGUGCCCCUAAGAAAAGCUACAGGUUUACGUGCAUACAUAUCGAUCGUCAUGACUAUUGCUGUCCCCGUCGGUGCCCCAUUGGGAGGUGCUUUGACUCAGUGGAUCGGCUGGAGAUGGGCCUUUGUUUUGCAAAUCCCAAUGGGCCUAUUUUGUUUAGCUAUGGCUUCCUGGCGACUAAGAAGAAUCAAGCAGAGGAGCGACUCUGAGGACAAGGGAGAGGUGUCCCCCCGACCAGACUUUAAUCUACUAGGGAUCUUUCUUCUCGGUCUCUCCGUCGCUUCAAUAAUGACAAUUUGUCAGUUCUCAGGUGAACUGAAAUCCAAAUUAACAAUUGGGUUACCAAUUGUAUCGGCAAUAUUUUUCGUCAGCGUCUUGCUCUUUGGAAUCAACGAACGGUACUGGACAAAUGCCCCAUUGGUUCCGAUAAAGUUGCUCAAGACAAACAACAUCGGUGAAAUGUAUCUUGCACAAAUACUUCUUCUAUUUAGCUACGGAGGUGUAGGUCAGCCGUACCUCACCUAUCGCACUUUAACUGACCGGCUCGCACAGAUCUCCAGUCAUAUCACGGAAUUUUGGAUCCGGACAAAGAACUACAACAACAGCCUCGCUGCUGCAUGUAUCCUGCCAGUCGUAUUUGGAAACGUUCUGAGCGCAGCUAUCAGUAGUAGAAUCGUGCAGAAAACUGGGAAAUACAAGAUAAUUCUAAUCACAGGCUGCGUGGUUGCGAUAGCCAGUAAUGCAUUGAUAGCAGGACGAUGGCCAAAUCGACCACUCUUUUGCGAUAUGAUAUUUUACGCUGGCAUGGGCCUCGGAGUCGGUGGGAUUUUCGUAUGUACCUUCUCAGCAUUGUCAGUAUCGGUCCCAAGUCAGAUGACAGCUACUGCUAUGACGAAUUAUUAUCUCUGCCAGCAGUUGGGGCUGGUAGUGGGUGUGUCUGUGGUAUCUUCAGCCAGUCGGGCGGUUUUUGAAAAGGGUCUGUCCCAGGACAUUCCCUUGAGCAAAGAUAAAUCCCAG